GAAAAUUUAAAGUUGGGAAAGUUUUUAGUUGAAGGGAAGUCUAAUAAUCACCGUUUUUAUUUUUCUUAUCUAAAAUUAGACUCAGAGAUUUCUCAAUUCUCAGCCGAUUUUGGAAUCGCAAGGGCUUGAUUUUAUUGCAGAGGAGAAAGCUUGUGAUACCUGAUCAUUACAGAGAAUUCGAAUAAUCGGAAUCUAUGGCAUCUCGAAGGCGGAUGCUUCUGAAGGUCAUAAUCCUCGGUGACAGCGGGGUCGGCAAGACGUCUCUGAUGAAUCAAUAUGUAAAUCGUAAGUUCAGUAAUCAGUACAAGGCAACAAUUGGAGCUGAUUUUCUGACAAAAGAAGUCCAAUUCGAAGAUAGGCUUUUCACAUUGCAGAUAUGGGAUACAGCUGGGCAGGAGAGGUUCCAAAGCCUAGGUGUUGCUUUCUAUCGUGGUGCAGACUGCUGUGUUCUUGUGUAUGAUGUGAAUGUGAUGAAAUCAUUCGAGCACCUUGACAACUGGAGAGAAGAAUUUUUGAUUCAGGCCAGCCCAUCAGACCCUGAAAACUUCCCAUUUGUUGUGUUGGGGAACAAAAUAGAUGUUGAUGGUGGCAACAGCCGAGUGGUAUCCGAGAAGAAGGCAAGGGCAUGGUGUGCUUCCAAGGGGGACAUUCCCUACUUUGAGACUUCUGCAAAAGAAGGUAUUAAUGUUGAAGCUGCUUUUCAGUGUAUAGCCAAGAAUGCUCUGAAGAAUGAACCUGAAGAAGAAAUAUACCUUCCUGACACCAUUGAUGUGGCGAGUGGAGGACGGCAGCAAAGAUCAUCUGGCUGUGAAUGUUAAGAUGAAUUGUGGUAGGGGCAAUUUGGGUUUGUUUCAGAAUUGGAAGGAUACUGCUAUUUUCUCCCCCAUUCGUUAAUGCAGAAAUAAUUCAGGGAAGGUGCCCAAGGGUAUAUAUAUUUGUGUAAUACAAAGGGUGUUCAAAGGAGAGGGAAAACAGGUCUUAUCAUAAUUGUAUUAAUUGUUACCUGAACUCCUUUUUCAUGUACCUCUGCCUUCUCUGUAAAUGCAAUUUGUUGUAUGAAGACUGCUAUUUUCACAUCAUCA